CGUGUAGCGAGUUUUGAAGAGGUCGUUGGGGGUGGUUCGACGUCGAGGUUGGAGAGAGAGAGAGAGAGAGGGUGAAAGCGGUCGCCGAGGUGUGGAGGGGUGAAUGCAGAGCGAGAGCGACGGGACUAAAAGCGAAAACGAGGACGGAGAGAAACGGCGAGUGCGAUAUGAGAAAAAGAGUCGGCGGAUGAGGAUCGAGCGAGCGAGCGAGAGGUUGGCGGAGAAAUAGAGGGAUAUCACUUUGCUGGUUCUCGCUUCGUUCAAAGAAAACGGGUCGACUUGUCGAGGUUGUAUGACUACCGAGGGAGAUCGAGGCCGAUAAACUGGGGACCUGAGCCUCUCAACGGGAUCGAGACGACCGCGCGACAGUACGAACACCCGAAGAGACCAGAGAUGCUGGAAAGAAGUAAGAUCGAGACCGCGACGCGGAGGACUCCCACCGUGGAGAAUGCGGCAGACGAAGGGGUUCGGGCAACGAGAUAACUUUGGAUUCGUCUACGUUAGAAUCGCCAUUGGAAAUGGAUGAAGCUGGUCAUCGCGAGGUAUCGUCGAUCGAGCGAAGAGACUUUAAACGAAUGAGAACCGAAUCAGCCGAAAUAUGUAAAUAGUCUAGUCGAAUAAUGCACGCGAAGGGCCUAACGGUCAGUGACCUAAAACGAUCGGUGAGACGAGUUUUUCUACACCGAUCGACAACCCGAUCCUCGCUAACCGACUAUCGUUUCUAAAUAGUUUGCCUUAGAAGCUAAUUGGCACAAACUAUUCCUAGUCGACCGGUUCACUCGAAACGGACACCGCUAUGUAUCUUUGCGAAUAACGCGGUCUGUAGAUAGACAAAGAAGCUGAGAUUACCGGGAAGUUCGCUACUAGGUACGAAGAAGCUGCGUAAAAUGCGAUCUUCGUGGUCGGCCAAGUCGCGAAGCUAGACAGUCCAACGGCUAAGAUGUGCCACUCUCUCGGCUGGAUGUUGGUACUCCUGGUAUCGCUUCAGCAGCUUUCGGUGGUAUUCCAGUCGAAGGCGCACAGCGAGCGGGAAGCUGUCUUGAUACCCGGUGACAUCGUUCUGGGUGGUCUGUUUCCGGUGCACGAAAAGGGCGGCGCCACUUGCGGACCCAACAUUUACAAUCGCGGCGUACAGCGUCUCGAGGCGAUGCUCUUCGCCGUCGACGAGAUCAACAAAGACAAGACGACGCUUCCUGGGAUCACUCUCGGCGUGCACAUACUCGACACAUGCGGCAGAGACACAUACGCCCUGAAUCAAAGCCUACACUUCGUCAGAGCGUCCCUGUCCAAUUUGGACAUUAGCGUUCUGGAGUGCGCCGACAAGUCUCCGCCAAGAGUGAAGAAAACUGCCACCGCUGGUCCAAUCUUCGGGGUGAUCGGUGGCUCCUACAGCUCGGUGUCUCUCCAGGUGGCCAACUUGCUCAGGCUUUUCCACAUACCGCAGAUAUCGCCUGCGUCGACUGCCAAGGCCCUCAGCGAUAAAACCAGGUUCGACUACUUCGCGCGGACGGUGCCUCCGGACACGUUCCAAUCGAUCGCCCUGGUGGACGUGGUGAAGAGCGCCAACUGGUCGUACGUUUCGACCGUGUACUCCGAGGGUAGUUACGGUGAAUACGGGAUAGAGGUGUUCACCCGCGAGGCCACCGAGAGAAACGUGUGCAUCGCCGCGGCGGUGAAGGUGCCGAGCGCGGCCGACGAUCGCGUGUUCGACGACAUCAUUCAAAGGCUGAGUAAAAAGUCGAACGCCAGGGCGGUGGUGCUGUUCACCCGGGCGGAAGACGCGAGAGGGAUCCUCGAGGCAGCUAGACGUUCGAACCUGAGCCAACCGUUUCAAUGGCUGGCCAGCGACGGUUGGGGCCGACAGAGCAAGCUGGUGGAAGGCCUCGAGGAAGAAGCCGAGGGUGCCAUCACGGUGGAGCUCCAAUCGGAGAAUAUACCUGGCUUCGACGAGUACAUGGCCAGUCUAACGCCGGACACCAAUCAACGGAAUCCUUGGUUCACCGAGUACUGGGAGGAGCUGUUCGGUUGCGUGCCGAGGAGGAACCGGCAGAGCCAGGCGAGCCAAAACGCGACAGAGUGCUCGCCGACGCUUAGGUUGACCGCGGCAACCGGAUACGAGCAGGAGUCGAAGGUCCAGUUUGUGGUGGACGCGGUGUACGCGUUCGCGCUGGCUCUUCACAAUCUUCAACGAGACGUGUGCACGAAGAACGGGGGUCUGUGCGCCUCGAUGGCGCACUACGAUCGCGGAGCGUUCUAUAGGAAUUAUCUGCUGAACGUGGCCUUUACAGACAGUGCUGGCAGCGAGGUGAAGUUCGACGAGCACGGGGAUGGUCCGGCGCGGUACGAGAUCCUCAACUUCCGGAAAUCGGAUCUGAACGGGUCUAAUGGAUACCACUAUCGGGUGGUAGGGAAAUGGUUCAACUCACUGGACAUUCGCACGGACGAGCUUGUUUGGUCAAGGGGUACGAAGGACAUACCGACUUCUGCGUGCUCGUUGCCCUGCGAGCCAGGUAUGAUAAAGAAGCAACAGGGUGACACUUGUUGCUGGGUAUGCGACCAGUGCGAAGAGUACGAGUUCGUCUACGACGAAUACACCUGCGAAGACUGCGGGCCAGGGUACUGGCCGCACGAGGACAAGCGGGGCUGUUACCAGUUGCCGAUCAACCACAUCAGAUGGAACAGCGCUUUCGCGAUCGUUCCAGCGGUGAUCUCGUGCAUCGGAAUCGUGGUUACUCUCGCGAUCGCGUGUCUGUUGUUCCAUCACAGAGAAACUCCCGUGGUCAGAGCGUCGGGCCGCGAGCUGACUAUUAUUCUGUUGGUCGGAGUGCUCGUUUGCUAUCUGAACACGUUUCUGUUGCUCGCGAUACCAACCACGGUCACCUGCGUCCUUCAAAGGCUGGGAGUGGGAGUGAGUUUCAGCGCGGUCUACGGUGCUCUCUUGACCAAGACCAACAGGAUCGCCAGGAUUUUCGAUUCCGCUUCGAGGUCGGCCGUCAGACCUAGAUACAUCAGUCCCACCUCUCAAGUUUGCAUCGCUGCUGCCCUGAUCGCGCUGCAGAUCGUUCUAACGUUAGUGUGGAUGAUCAUCGAACCACCCGGCACGAGAUUCUACUAUCCGGAUCGUAAACAGGUGAUUCUCAAGUGCAACAUCCAGGACAUGAGUUUCCUAUUCUCGCAACUGUACAAUGCCCUGUUGAUCCUCGUGUCCACUAUCUACGCGGUAAAGACACGGAAAAUUCCGGAAAAUUUCAACGAGAGCAAAUUCAUCGGCUUCACCAUGUACACUACUUGCAUCAUUUGGCUGGCGUUCGUUCCGAUCUACUUCGGGACCGGAAACGCGCACGAAACUCAAAUCACCACGCUUUGCGUGGCAAUCAGCCUCAGCGCUUCCGUGACCCUCGUCUGCCUAUAUUCGCCAAAGGUCUACAUCAUCGUCUUUCAGCCGGACAAGAAUAUCCGAAGGAAGGUCACUAUGGGCGAUAAAUUUAAGAAGCAAGGCAGCAGCGCGGGAACUUCUUCUAUUACCAAGUACACUGGCUGCGAGCUGACCAGCGAGAGCAUGCCUCUUCAGAGCGCGCUGACGGCCGCUGUGCAGACGUCGGUAGGAGUGACGGAGAUCUCCCUAGCGUCGAACACAUCAGCCAAAACUAAUAACGAGCAAGUGGCGCAGCUAUAGAGCUACUUUCGCGGGCCACGAUUCAGAUUUCAGGGCGCUGCCGUAUCCUGGCCAGCGGCCAACCGAUAACACCGGCCGAAAGGACCGCCAGUGAAUAGUGCGAGUACGUGCUAAUAAAAAGAAGAUUCCCUCCGCCGGCCGUCAAAGAAAUGUUGCGCGUAUAAUCGAGAGGAAUAAGGACGAGACCCGUCGCUGAUAACGGACCGGUCGCAAAGAAUCCUCUGCCGAGUCCGAUAAAGCUCCGUGGCGUUUCGCGACAUUGGAUCCGCCAAUGAUCGCGUGCACUCGGCUAGACGAAGGUAACCGGAAGUCCUAUGGAACGCGCGAGAGACUAAAGCACGGGCGGAAAAGUAGAUACGCUUAGAAUCGUGGUUAACCGUAACGCGAAUGAUGUCGUCGAGAGGUGGACGAGCGUGUAAUAGGGGAAGGUUGGCUUACUUCGACCGCGAGUUUUGUUGUAACUGUAAAAUCUAAUCACGAGGAAUUUAGGGAAUACGGAGACUACGCGGCAGCCAGCUUUACAACUCAGAGACCGAUAUAUUUUAAUAUUCUAUAUAUUUACGAUACGAUACGCUAACUUGAUCGAUAUUUUGAUAUCGAUAUAAUUGACGAUAUUUUACUUGAAAGCAGUAACGCGCGUACAGCGGGGAUUAAAAAAGGAGCUAUCGCAAGGCGUAGUUUUCGGAUAGGUGGAACGACAUGGAUACCUUGCAAUUGGUAGAAUGCAACGUUCGCAAUGUCGUCCGACCAAUCGAAGCCCGUACGCUAUACGUGCACCGAGACCUCGCAAAAGUUUUUUUAACUCCCCUGCGUAUACGUAUAUACCUGAUACAAGCUCUGCAACGACCGAGUUAGUUGCUCGAAUUGAAUCGCGCUUGGUUGCUCGAAUUCAAUUGCUUUCGUUUACAAAUUAUUCUUGUUUUCUGUACAUUCCUUCCGUGUAUUUUCUUUCAUCCGUGGACUAGCGAUAAGCGUUCGGGAGUUGUAAAAAUAUUUUUAAUACGUUCGUUGGGUGCGUUACGAUCGAAGAAAAUGUCGAAUGCGGUCCUACUUGGACAACCUUCCCUUAAAUCAAGGCUAACUUUGCGCGUCGAAGAACGAUAAACCUACGUUGCCUAUUGUCUAUUAACGACACCGAUCGUAUCGUCGUUGUCGUACACGUUCAAUCAUUGUACCUCGUAUAUCGAGAUCAUUCGUAUCGCGAUCAUUGUUGUCGUUAUUGUUACUGUUAACGUUAACUUGGUGAAUUAUAUAUGAACGAUAUACACACACGCAUAUGUAUAGGUAUUACGCACGCAACCGCGACGGCACGAGAUCGCAGCGUUACGAGAAGAAAAACUGUGACGGUAGGUUGCUCGUCGUGUCUUUUUUUUUUUUUCUUCGUAAGAGACGAAGCGGAAAAAUAAACGAAACAUUUGCAGAAAGAGCAAGAGAAGAGCAAGCGGAGAGGUAAACGAAUUUUACGAUGUUUGUAGAGUCGUUUACUGGUUUAACGAGCCGACUAACUGACGCGAUUAACGUCACGCCGAGAAUGAAAUUCGAUCACCGCUAAUAACGACGAUCGUUUCGAGUUUUCUCCCUGCGCGACGCGUCGGUUAGAGGCAUCGUUAAAUCGCGGCUCGUGCCAGGAAUUAUUCUGUCGGAAACGGUUCACUCACGCAAAUAUAAUUAGCUUGUUCGAGUGAUCGACGUUCAUUGUCCAUUCUUCUCACGUAGAUCGUUGACGGAGCGAAGAAGAAAAUAUUUACAUUCCGCGAGACGUAUAUAAACGUACGUAUAGUAUAUAUAUAUAUAUAUAUAGAUAUAUUCUAUCGUUGCGCGAAAUCUCAUAUGUUCCCUCGAGAUAGAAUUACGCAAGUUGCUAAAUUUCAUUGUCAAUUCCCUCGACACCGAAUUUUCUUUGCGUCGAUUACAGAUUAAUAUUUGUCGCUAUCUACCGGGGGACGAGUCCAAAUUUACAAUGAAAUUGAUUUUUCGCGAAAUCCAUAUGCAACUCCGAUUUAUCGCUUUUUCGCCAACUUGAUAACUUGCCACACCAUGGUACACGCCACGUGCAAUUAACGUAACGUACAAUUAACGUUACGUUACGAUAUGGCGUUGCUAUCGAUACAGCGUAUCACAAUCAAGCAUUUCUAUCCUAAAGACAACGAAUAAUUUAUUUCGUUAAACCGAUAACCGAAUGCGUUUGUACAACAAUCGAGUCCCUUUUUAAACGCUAUUAUUUCAGCAGGCGGUUAGUAUCCGUGACAUCUUGAGAAAUUAUUUAUAUCAUUGCUAUCUGAAAUGUUUAUCGCAGGCCAACGAUAACCAAUGAAAUUAAUCGCACAUGCGACCAUACUUUCGUCAGCUUCCGAGUCAUUCGCGACACUGUUAAUUGCCAGCGGUCAAUGAUAAAGGAUAGAAAUAAAGUGCAAUUCGAUAGAUCGUCGUACGACGCCAAAGGAAAUUAUGAUCGGAAUUCGCAUGCGUGAAUCGACGGAACCGUAUGGAUUCAACGACGGAAAACGAAAAUGUGAGUGAUCGUAAACUAAUUGAAAGCCGACAACGCGACGUGCAAAUUCAGUACACUACUUCUUCCGUGAACGGUAGACAAUAAACGAAUCGCUUUAAGACGAACAUCAACCUAGCUCGACCGAUAUCAGGAUUUUCGAUCGAAUCGUUCGAUUCCGGCAAUUCGCGUUUCGUUAUCCAAGACGCCGACAGAUAUCUUAGCUUCUAGCAGAAGUCUGAACCGCGACGAGACAGGGACUGAAGAGCGAAACGAUUCAAUUCAUUUCUUUAACGCUUUACCUACUAUUUGUAAAAACGAUACGUUUUCUUCGAUGAUUAGUUGUACGAAAUUAUUUCUUGUUACAUGCUUAUCUUAAUAAAACGAAUGGCCGAAGGUUGGCGCGUAUUCCAUUGUUGCCCUGACCAGCGAAACAUCUAGGCACAGUCUCGAGCAGAAAAUAAACAAACAUUGCGAUACCGAAUACGUUUGUAGAGCGUUACAUUUCGUACUAGUCGGAACGAUCGCGAACGCAAGAACACGCGUACGACCCUUGAAGGUUGCAAUUCCAAACGCAAACGAUCGAAAACUUUCUAUUGCCACGAAUUAAAAAUUGGAGAAAAAUUGAAGAAAAAAGAAAAAAAAAGAAAAGAUGUAUACAACAUAUAGGUAUAGACGAAUCGAUAUAGUAUAUUUUAGUUCGAUAUUAGAUAACAUUCUCAUCUAUGUAGAGCGCGUAGAUUGUUCUGCGAUACUCGUGAUAUUUCGUGCCUGAAAUUGCAAUCUUCGAUGACGUUUCUUGGACUACGUAUACGAAUGACUCGAGUAGUUGUUGCGAACGCUUUCGCAAACUGUUGUCGUUGUCGAGAACGAACGUAACGAAUGUAAACGCGAUGGGGAACGAAUAUACUUCAACGUGGAACCCUGAAUCCAAAGUAUCGUACAAAAGAUAACUUUGUAUCUUUUAUUAUGACACUGAAAAGCAUUGAAAUAGAUUUACCCUGUGAAAACGA